CUCAUUCCCGCUCCCCCGUCUCUCGGCCUAGCUCAUUGGAAGGCCCCUGAUAGUUGAUGUAGACGACCCCGUAUGUAGGCUCCGUGAUUGGGAGAAGAAUACGGGAGAAGGAGGCGGGCCCGGCGGGGAAGACGCGCCAUUUUAGCAGCAUAGUACGGCGGUUUGAGCGGAACUGACACUCCAUUUUCACUGAAGUUAUGAAAACCUACAAGCAGAAGGAGAAGCCAGGAAAUAAGCCUCAGGAAAGUAUCAAGGCACCAGAUGAAGCAAAGAUCAAGGAAUUAUUGGAAAGAACUGGAUAUAGUUUAGAUGUGACAACUGGACAAAGAAAAUAUGGAGGUCCUCCUCCAGAAUCUGUGGCCUCAUGUGCACAGCCUGGCAUUGGGACAGAGGUUUUUGUUGGCAAGAUACCCAGAGAUCUCUAUGAGGAUGAGUUGGUGCCUCUUUUUGAAAAAGCAGGGCCUAUCUGGGAUCUUCGACUUAUGAUGGAUCCCUUGACUGGACAAAAUAGAGGUUAUGCCUUUAUCACAUUCUGCAAUAAAGAAGGAGCACAAGAAGCGGUUAGGCUGUGUGACAACUAUGAACUACGCCCUGGAAAACACAUUGGAGUGUGCAUUUCUGUGGCAAAUAACAGACUUUUUGUUGGAUCAAUACCCAAAAAUAAGACAAAAGAAAAUAUUCAGGAGGAGUUUAGUAAAGUUACAGAGGGCCUGGUGGAUGUAAUACUCUAUCAUCAACCGGAUGACAAGAAAAAGAACCGUGGCUUUUGUUUUCUGGAGUAUGAAGACCACAAGAAUGCAGCUCAAGCCAGACGCAGGUUAAUGAGUGGAAAGGUGAAGGUUUGGGGGAAUGCUGUCACUGUAGAGUGGGCAGAUCCUGUGGAGGAGCCAGAUGCUGAGAUCAUGGCAAAGGUCAAAGUACUUUUUGUGAGAAACCUGUCUUCCACAGUAACUGAGGAAAUCCUUGAGAAGGCUUUUUCAGUGUUUGGGAAGCUGGAGCGGGUGAAGAAGUUAAAGGAUUAUGCGUUUGUACACUUUGAGGAGAGAGACUCUGCAGUCAGGGCCAUGGAUGAAAUGAAUGGAACGGACUUGGAAGGGGAAGACAUUGAAAUAGUAUUGGCAAAACCCCCAGACAAGAAGAGAAAAGAGCGGCAGGCAGCUCGACAAGCUUCUCGCGGUCCAAUGUAUGAUGAUUUUUACUAUUAUCCCCCUCCUCGUAUGCCUCCUCCAGGCAGGGGCAGGGGUCGUGGAGGCAGAGGUGGCUAUGCUUAUCCCCAAGAUUACUAUGGCUAUGAAGACUACUAUGAUGAUUAUUAUGCAUUCGAUUACCAUGACUACCGCGGUGGAUACGAUGACCCAUACUAUGGUUAUGAUGAUGCAUACCCUAUACGAGGGAGAGGCGGAAGAGGUGGUAGAGGUGCACCUCCACCACCUAGAGGUAGAGCAGCUCCACCCCAACGUGGAGGGCGUGCAAAUUUUUUACAAAGGGGUUCUCCCAUGGGCCCUCCUAGAGGAUCCAGAGGUGGGCGUGGUGGGCCUUCUCAACAAUCACAACGAGGUCGGAAUUUACGUGGUAACCGUGGAAAUAGAGGUGGGAAUGUUGGUGGAAAAAGAAAGGCAGACGGGUAUAGUCAGCCAGACUCCAAGCGCCGCCAGACCAACAAUCAGAAUUGGGGAAGUCAGCCUAUAGCCCAGCAGCCACUGCAACAAGGUGGUGAUUAUAGUGGUAACUAUGGUUACGGUAAUGACAAUCAGGAGUUUUAUCAGGAUUCUUAUGGGCAGCAGUGGAAAUAGGAAAAGCUAAAACCAUACAUUUUCAUCUUUCAAACACCUACAAUUAUAUAUACAUACCAACAAACACAUAGGCUUCGGUAGCUACUGGAGUCUUUUACUAGACCUUGGGUUUGAUUACUAUAAUGUAAAUAUCUUUUUUAGUUUGUUUUAUUGGUGUCUACCAAGCAAGCUUUGGUACAGUGAUGGAAAGUCAAGUAGGGGUUCAUUUAAACUGAAAAGAAGGCCCCACAUGUGAGUUUUCUGCUUAACUAAAUGUUUACACAUAUUUUUAGACUGUGAUAAUGUUUUUGGAUUAACGGCUGAUAUUUCAGUUUACGUGAUAGCACUCCUCACAAUGUAAUUGGGGGAUAUCAGUGUUUUUAUUGAUUUUUAGAAACUUUUUAGAAGGCUUAGGAAUUUGUUAUUGGGGACAGUAAACAUUUGUGCAGAAUUUGUAGUUUAUUUCUCUAGUUGUCCCUUAAAGGACACCUGUCCUGAGAGAGAUGUAUGUGGCUGACCUCCAUUUGCCAGUGUUUUUCU